ACAAAAGAGUGAAGUGUCUACUGCUGCAUCAAUGCUACUCACUGGGGUUGCUUCUCUCAUGUGACUUUAGCAUAUACUCUGAUCAAAAUUAAUUUCCCUAUCUCAUUUAUUUUGCUGACCUUUCUUCUCAGCCUAUCUUUUCAUUUACAAAACUCUCUAAGCUAUCGCUUCUCUUCUCCUCAUCUUCCUUUCUUUCUCUCCUUUUAAGUUUUUCCUCAUCUCUUCUGCCAUAUAUAAAGAGCAGAGAAAUACUUCCUUCUUUGCUCAUCUCCUCGGGAAAAUGGGUCGAUCACCAUGCUGUGACAAAGUUGGGUUGAAGAAAGGACCAUGGACACCAGAAGAGGAUCAGAAACUCUUAGCUUACAUUGAAGAACAUGGCCAUGGAAGCUGGCGUGCUUUACCGGCCAAAGCAGGUCUUCAAAGAUGUGGUAAGAGCUGCAGGCUUAGAUGGACCAAUUACCUCAGACCUGAUAUUAAGAGAGGAAAAUUCAGUGUACAAGAAGAGCAAACCAUCAUUCAACUCCAUGCCCUAUUAGGGAACAGGUGGUCCGCUAUUGCUACUCACUUGCCCAAAAGAACAGAUAAUGAGAUCAAGAAUUACUGGAACACGCAUCUUAAGAAAAGGUUAACUAAAAUGGGUAUAGAUCCGGUCACCCACAAGCCUAAAAACGACGCUUUACUCUCAAGUGACGGUCAGUCCAAGAACGCUGCCAAUCUCAGCCACAUGGCUCAGUGGGAAAGCGCCCGGCUCGAAGCUGAAGCCAGGUUGGUCCGAGAAUCGAAGUUACGUUCACGCUCAUUUCAGCAACACCCAGCUGGCUUUGCUCCUUCGGCUUCGGCUUCAGCUUCUACUUCGGAUCCUGGUGUCAGUAAAAGUGCUCCAUGGAUUAGUGGCGGUUGGACGAAAUCCAGUGAAGGUAAUAGUGGCGGUAUUUUAAACACUGGAUUUAGUGGCGAUCUGGAAUCCCCAACAUCAACCCUCACCUUCUCUGAGAAUGCACCGCCAGUUAUGUGCAGUACCGGGCUCGGACUUAGCUCGAUGCCCAUCACUGAAUUUGUUGGAACUUCUAGUACGUCUGAGACAGGAAUCAUCAAAGAAGAAGGUGAUUCAACCCAUCUGCCGGAAUACAAAGAAGCCAUAGAGAAUUCUCUAUCUUUCACGACCAAUCUUCAAGACAUGUCCAUGUCAAUAGAAACUGCUUGGACUUCGGAGUCUUUAAGGGCGAACAAUGCCCAUGUCAAUAAUGUUAUCGGCAAUGUAAUGGAGGAAGGCUUCACUAAUCUUCUCCUCAGCGAUUCCAUGGACCAGAGCUUGUCCGAGGGCGGCAAGGAAUCAGAAAACAGUGGCGGCAGUGGUGAUGGAGGUGAGGGUGGCAGCGGCAGUGGCAGCGACUGCUACGAAGAUAACAAGAAUUAUUGGAAUAAUAUUCUUAAUUUGGUGAACUCUUCCCCAUCUGAUUCCCCAAUGUUCUAAGAAUAAGGGUUUUUUUUUUCCUUUUUUCAUUGUUAAUCAGUAGAUCCUUCACUAAUAUGCUUCGAACAAAUUACAGCUUUUGUUAUCUUUCUUAAUUCGAAUGUUCAUAGCUUAAUAAUUAAUUAGCUGUAUUAGUAAUUAAUAUCAGCAAUUUCU